AUGCUUUCAAAGUACCUCCAGCAUGUAGCAUAUGCCGCAGCUUUGUGUAAGCUUGCGAGCGCGAAGAGUUCAAAGAUUGUCCCGCAGGACCUGUCAGUUGGGUUUGCAUCUAGCGGCAUCGAUAUACAAGUAUCGUACACGGGAGACGCGGUAAACGGCUUCAACGAUGGAACGACAUUUGGUUCAAAAGAUGUUGCAAACACGCCUACAUUCGCUCUGGGAGACAGCUCCAAUAUUGUCGCGAACAAACUCUAUACAAUCCUCCUCGUGGAUACAACGUGCGACGAUGCGCGAACGCUCCACUUUGCGCAAACCAAUUUCAAAUACAACUUCGACAUCACCAACCUUGAGACCAGCGCCAAAGCACUGCAGGACUACAAAGCGCCCGGGGCGUUUAAGGAGACGGGUGACGACCGGAAGUACUCAUUCAUCAUGUACGAUAAUCCGGAGAACAAUGAGCUCAGCACUCUAAAGCUUCCGACGGAGGGAGGAACGUUCGAUGUGAAGCAGUUUCAGGACGAUAAUGGAUUCGAGGACCCGGUGGCAGGUGUGGGAAUGGUGGUCAAGUUGGGAGGUGCAUCAAACUGCGGCGGAACGCCAUCGAACGGAGGAGGCUCUUCAAGCUCGAAUGCUCCAUCCGCAGCUUCGAGCGCAGGCCCGGCGUCAAGUGCACCAGCGAAGACUUCGUCGGCAGCAAACCAAGCCUCAUCAGCGGCCGCUUCGAAGACCACAGCCAAGCCUAGCUCCCCCGAAAGCACGCAAGAAGCGUCGAAUCCGACAUCAAGUGGCGGUGCAGCGCAAACCACCAACGUGGUCGCCGCGUCCAGCGUUGUCCCGAAUGUGCCAGGGGCUCCAGCAUCAACAGUCCUCGCUACGAGUGUUGUGGCUGGCGCGACGGGUAGCGCUACAGGCACGGACAGACCAGCUCUUCAGACGGGGUCAGACGCGUCGACAGUGUCAAUUGUAACAGCGAGAUGUGUAUUUGUAGCUGCAUUGAUCGCUUCUGCAGCGGUGUUAAUGGGCUGA